AGAAGAGAGAGUGCGUGUUUGAGGUGGGACAAUGGCACGUGUGUAAUCGGUCGUAGGAAGUGCCACGUCAUGAGCCGUUUUCUUUCAAUGUUUUGGUCACCACAGCACCGUCCUCACCACCACACUCUCCCUGGCUCCCUCCCUCUUUCCCUCCCUCUUUUCCUCGCUCUCUAUAAUUGCCUCUCCUCACUCCUCACUCUCAAUUCCCAAUUCCCAAUUCCCAACCCUAACCCCUCUCUCUCUCUCUCCGCGUUGGGAAGAUGAGUUCUCGGGCGGUGAGGACUAAUAACCGUCGCAGAAAGACGCCUUUCCAGCUGGACCUCAACAGUGAACCGCCUGAGAAUCUUCCGGAAGACAACGAAGAGGGUCCCUCCAUUCAAGUUCCCAUGAUUGAUGUUGACGCCAUUGAUGAUGAUGUCAUUGAAUCUUCACCUAGGGCUUUCGCUCAGGCUAAAAACAAUUCGAGGAGGAUUCGCAGAAGGACUGUUGUUGAUGUGGAUUUAGAAGAUCGGGCCAGGCAAGAUCCCCAAAAUCAAACAGUCAUCAAUUUGGAAAGCAGUAGCAGUUCUAUGAGUGAGAAUGCAAGAAAGUCACCCGAACCUCCUAAGGAACCUGUCUUCAAUUGCCCAAUAUGCAUGGGCCCUUUGGUAGAAGAAAUGUCAACAAAAUGUGGUCAUAUUUUUUGCAAGGGUUGCAUUAAAACAGCAGUAACUGCACAGGGAAAAUGCCCUACCUGUAGAAAAAAGGUUUAUCCAAGAGACCUAAUAAGGGUGUUUCUCCCUGCAACUAGUUAAAAGAUCUUCAUCCAGGCCUUAGUGAGGAGAAUCGGGAACGGAAGAAACUUCAUUGUAAUUUGGAGAUUGCUGAGUGGCUGUGUUGUUUCUAACUUGUUCCUUGUAGCGGAUGCUUAUUUGUUUUUAAGUAGCUAUUCCUCCUCAUUCAUUUUCCAUAGCAAUAUAUGGAUAUGCUCAGUUUUCUUAGCAACAAUGUUCAUAAACCUCAGGUCUUUUUUGAUGGAUUUUACUUAUUGGUCAAAGGAUGACCCCUUAAUCUUUACAUAUGGAAUUUAUGGAUGUUUUAAGUAUACUGAUAGGGAUUCCUUGACUUUAUUGUUAGUGGAGGCGAGGGCCAUUAUGAAUAGCUUUUUAAUU